CGCAGCCGGAGCGGGAGCGGGGCGGGCGGGCCGGCCAUGGCCGACGACUUCGGCUUCUUUUCCUCGUCCGAGGGGGCCGGCGCCGAGGAGGACCCGGCCGCCGCCUUCCUGGCCCAGCAGGAGAGCGAGAUCGCGGGCAUCGAGAACGACGAGGGCUUCGGGCCGACCGACGGCGAAUCGGCCGCCGCCCCGGCCGGGCAGGCGGCCCCGCCGGAACCGGGUGAGCGCCGCGCUGCGCCGGCCACUGUCAAUGGAGAUGUCUUUCAGGAGUCCAACGGCCCCACGGAUGCCUACGCAGCCAUAGCCAAGGCUGACCGGCUGACCCAGGAACCUGAGAGCAUCCGCAAGUGGAGGGAGGAGCAGAAGAAGCGCCUGGAGGAGCUGGAUGCGGCAUCAAAGGUGACUGAGCAAGAAUGGCGUGAGAAGGCCAAGAAGGACCUGGAGGAGUGGAACCUGCGUCAGAAUGAGCAGAUGGAGAAGAACCGGGCAAACAACAGGAUCGCUGACAAAGCCUUUUACCAGCAGCCGGACGCCGAUGUGAUUGGCUAUGUUGACAACCCUCAUCAUCUCCGCAGGGCCUCGGAGGAAGCAUUCCUGAAGGAGUCCAAGGAGGAAACCCCGGGCUCCGAGUGGGAGAAGGUGGCCCAGCUCUGUGAUUUCAACCCCAAGAGCAGCAAGCAGAGCAAGGAUGUCUCGCGGAUGCGCUCGGUGCUCAUCUCCCUCAAACAGACGCCCCUGUCCCGCUAGCUGCCGCCCGGCACAGCCGGGAGCGCAGCAGAGCAAGGCCAGGCUCACCGAGCCCGGCGGCUUCGUGGGGCCAGCCCAGGAGGAGCCUCACCCUGCCUGCCCCCUGCUCCCUGGUGUGCACCUCGGCUGUGCUCGAGUCGCUGGUUGUAACUCUCCCCAUGGUUUUCCUUUGCUUAAAAGGUGCAUCGGUCUCUUUUUA